AUGACUUCUUUCAAAAGAGAUAGAUUUAACUCUCUUGGCACUCUUCUCCCUGUUCUAACCAGCUAUCCCGUCAAAUACCAGUUUCGUGGGAAUAACAUUUAUUAUGAUUCCAAAGCAAGACCAGUUGAACAUAUGCGGUCUUUUUACGAACUGGCUUUAUCAUUUAUUGAUAUAGGAUUACCGGUUUUUAAUUGCCUCCCACUACGCCGCUCUUGGACUGUUUGCUACACAACCAUCGAUUCAAAAAUUCUCUGCCAAAAUAUUCUUGGUCGUCGGUGGACUAAUCUUCGAGAUAAGAUAGCACUUUGA